GAUUAAAAAUGUUUAAUAAAAUCACAAAACGAGUUUUUAUCCAUCGCUUGGCGUUCGUUUGACGCAGCGGACUUAUUGCACUGAUGUUAAAUGUUCAGGGAAUGCCACUGAUCGUGAGCUUCAGUAGAAAUGACUUGUUUUAUUGUGUUAUCCACCUGCAAACAUCACACACCCACGUGACGUGAAAUCAUUCCUAGGGAGAUAACUUAUCACUCCAUAUGCGGAGCCUCAGCCUUAUUCGUAGUUGUGAAGAGUUGGGUUUUGUUGGAAAAUUUUGACUUUGUUAUGUUUCACAGUUUUCAUGAGUUCAUUUUGAGAUUUUAUUGAGAGUCUUGAUGAUUGGAGUGUUUCAGAGUAGAUUUGAUAUAAAUUUGUGGUUUGUUAGAAAUGAGUUCUGAAUGGGUUUGUAGAGUUGAUUCUGAAAUAGUUGCAUUCAAGCAGGAAACCCAGCCAUUUGAGCUCACUGAUGCAUAUUACCAGUGUCACAAUUGAUAAUAUUUAUUACUUCAUAUUAAUUCAUAUUGAUUAAUUGGUUAAAAUACGAGUGACUGUUAAAAUGGCAGAGACUCCAUUGAAAUUUCCCACAUCUCUGUCCCUCCUCUCCCUGGAGAACAGUGAUCUUUACCACCGACGAAUGACAUCUCGUCGAAAUUCUAUUGAGGCAGAUAAUUCAGCAGAAAUUAUUCAGAGAAUUGAUUACGAAGAGCUUGCGGAAUGGAAAAACCCAGAGGCUCCAAAGCUACCUGCCAGGAAUCCACCCUUUUCCUAUAAUGAUUAUAACGGUUCCGAGGAUUCAGUUGGUCGAUCUAAGAAGGACACGACUCGAAUCACAGGGAUGUCGCUGGACAAUAUGUUCUGCUCCAGGUGUCGGGAGGGCUUCGAGGCACACGAGAAAAUUGUCAAUUCUCAUGGGGAAUUAUGGCAUCCCCAGUGCUUUGUGUGUGCCCAGUGCUUCCGUCCAUUCCCCGAGGGGAUUUUCUAUGAAUUUGAGGGUAGAAAAUACUGCGAACAUGAUUUUCAUGUUUUGUUUGCGCCCUGCUGCGGUCGAUGUGGCGAAUUUGUCAUUGGUCGCGUCAUAAAGGCGAUGAAUGCAAACUGGCAUCCUGGAUGUUUCCGAUGCGAGGAGUGUGACCUCGAACUAGCUGAUGCUGGAUUUAUUAAGUGCCAAGGGAGAGCUCUCUGCCACACUUGUAAUGCCCGAGUCAAGGCUGGAGCACUUGGGAAACACAUUUGUCAUCAGUGCCAUGGAGUCAUCGAUGACAAGCCACUUCGAUUCCGAGGAGAAGUCUACCAUCCCUAUCACUUUAACUGCACCGCCUGCCAGGUGGAACUCAAUUCUGAUGCCAGAGAAGUCCGCUCAAGAGCUGGAUAUGCAGCUAAUGAAAUGAAUGAAUUGUACUGCCUUCGAUGCCAUGACAAAAUGGGAAUUCCAAUCUGUGGAGCUUGUCGACGUCCUAUCGAGGAGCGAGUAGUGACUGCUUUGGGAAAACACUGGCAUGUCGAGCAUUUCGUCUGUGCCAAGUGCGAGAAACCGUUCUUGGGACAUCGUCACUACGAAAAGAAGGGUUUAGCCUAUUGUGAGACCCAUUAUCACCAGUUAUUCGGAAAUCUCUGCUUCGUUUGUAAUCAAGUUAUUGCUGGAGAUGUUUUUACUGCUCUCAACAAAGCCUGGUGUGUUCACCACUUCGCCUGUGCCUUCUGCGACCAAAAAAUGAACCAGAAGACAAAGUUCUUUGAGUUUGAUCUGCGUCCAGCUUGCAAAAAGUGCUACGACAAAUUCCCUCAGGAAUUGAAGAAACGUAUGCGUCGCAUGUACGACCUCAACCCCAAGAGAAUACCUGCAUAAGUAAUCUCAUCUUGCCAAAGGGGCAAAACCAACAGUGUCUCGAAUCUAACAAUCUUAAUACUUGUAACCAAAGUAAUUUUGCGGAUUUUAUCGCCAAUUUUCUAACAUUCUUUUCUCUUUUUUGCAUCGACAUUUCAAAGUUGAUAGAAUAUCUUCCAUUUUUUAAGGCAAUUAGUUUUAAGUGCCUUGAGAAGCCGAUUUUUAUGACAAUUUUAAUAAUCCUUAUUUACAAGAUUGAAUAAAAAAUAUAUAUUUGAAACUAUUCACAAAAUGAAGCUGGGACAUAAUUAUACUCAUGUUAACCAAUUAA